GACUGCAUAACACAACCUGCCAGAAAGGUGUGGUAUUCCCCUAAAAAAAAACCUGAAAACAAAAUGUAAAAUUUGUCAUUUUUAAGUCUUUUAAUCUCUAAGCCGAUUCAGUGCUAUCAUUAUCAUGGCGAGGCAGUUCGACUUUCAAAAGCUGACCGUGAUUCGAGCACUGCGAACGAUGUCGACGAGUUCGUCGGGCGCAGCGGAGAACUCGGUCAGUGGGCCGGGGAGGCCGGCGGCCGGUGGCGGUGCAGCACCGCCUGGUGAGGCAGCACCGACCGGUCUGCUGAGUAGGCUACGGAGUGACGGAAUAGUGGUGUCUUUGCUGCAGUCUUACGAGGAAUUGGUGGGCAUCGGAGAGGUCAAAAGGGCGCAGAGAAGAGUUACACAGGUUGAACAGCAAUUUAUGGAAGUCCGUGAAACACUCAAGAAAUCCGCCCACAAGUUACACAAUCAUAACGCCGAGCUGAGAGCAAUACGUGCCAAGCUGGACCAAACAGCCCGAGAUGACACCAAAUUCUUAGAAUAUGCGACAGAGGAGCACCUGGCCAUCCAGAAGGAGAGGAAAAUGGAGGAGGAACACUACUUGUUGGAGGACACGGAGAGAAACACGUUUGCGUACUUGUCGGCGGCUGUUAGAGAGAGCCACGAGAAACAACGAUCACAGGAUCAGAGAACCAAAUAUGUCGGGAUCAGUUGUUCCAUCGUGGGGACGAUCAUCAUCGGCCUGCUGGGGUCCAUGGCCAUUAACCAGAAACGAAUGUCGAAUCAAGUGACAGUUGCUCUGGAAAGAUUCUCCGAGCAGCAACAACAAGGGUUUGACUCCCAGGAGAGGAGCUUAACCAGGAUCCUGAAGCACCAGGAAGGGUUGCUCUUGAAGGAGAUCGAAGGGGUGCGAAGGUUUGCAGCCGUCGGGGCCGGAGACAUGACCACGUUAGAGGAGCCGGUGAACAAUGCUGAGCCGAAACUGGGGCAGAAAAUAAGCACACUGUCCGCUGUGGUCUAUGGAGGCUUUAUAGCGGUCCUGAUGUUGCCUUUUCUCUAUAGUAUAUUCAAAUGAUAGGCCUAUUGCACACAUUGCACGGUGACUUGUAUCUAGAGCAAUGCAAAAAUACCAAAUAUUUUUCGCAUCCAAAGAAAUUUGCUUACAGGGAAUGUUGAACAAGGUUGAGGUUUUAUAAUUAUCUGUUUGAGAUGUACUAACUUUCCAUAUUUUUGAAUUCCAUAGUGUUGCCUAUAUACAAUGUAAUGUUAUGAUAAUGUGAUAUUUCUUUCAAGUUGGUCGGAUGGGAGGCAUCAGGCAUGGGUCCUUUACUGCCUGCAUGAGACCCCCCCCCCCCCCCUUCUGGUGUCCCCCACCUCCACUUGACAAAAAAACGGUUGAUAAAGAAAGAAGCUUUUGUAAUAACAUCUGCUAGAAUCCUCUCUAGAAAAUGAGGCCCCCAGUUCCCCCUGCAAAUAAUACCAAAGUUUAAACAUUGAUCCGAGUAUGUUUCAGUCAAGCUCAAGUCAAUACAAGAUUUGAGCCUGUUUUUUCCCCCCAGAUUUAUUUUAAGCCAUUCUUUAUGUAUUAUCUUCAAGUAAACUUGAAUCCUCGAUCCUGAUUGGUCGAUCCAUGGCAACAAGCCGUGCUAUGUAGCCAUGUAGCACGGCCACGGUCCAUACCGCACUCUGCGUUUUGCGAUAUUCCAAGAAGCGCACGCCAUUCCGUACAAACCACGCACGUGUAUUAGGAUAAGCACUUUUGUGUACAGCGUGCGUUUCAUCUUUACUGUGCGUCAAGUUUGCUUGAAGAUAAAUUCGUUAUCAUGAGGAAAAAAUCCUGU